UUUCUAACCUAAAAAUAAAAAAAGUUAAUAAGAACAACCACGUGUUGAACUCAAAAAUAACUCACUGUUGAUUGCUAUCGAAUAAUUAUUUUUUUAAAAUGCAGUCUUUAUUUAAAAAAGUAAUUUCCUCAGUAAACACUAAAAUUUAUCGUAGUUUCAAGACAUCUCCAACAAUAGCGGAGAGUAUGUCCGAGUACUACAGAAAAUUCGAAGUAGAAAGUGUUUUGUGGCCAAAUUCCUGGAUCGUCGUAAGAGUAGACGGCAAAAAUUUCUCAAAGUUUUCCGAUGAUCACAAAUUUUCAAAACCAAAUGACAUUCGAGCACUGGAGCUGAUGAAUCAGUCAGCGGCUGCUGUCAUGAAUGAAUUUCCUGAUAUUGUUUUGGCAUAUGGGCAAAGUGACGAGUAUUCGUUCGUUUUUGAAAGAGAAACCAAAGCUUACAAUCGUGAAGCAAUCCAAUUAGCGUCGAUCUUAUGUUCUGCUUUCACAGGGACGUUCGCGUCACAAUGGCCAAAAGUUGGUUUAACCCCUCGGAAAUAUCCGGUGUCUUUUGGAGGCCGAGUCGGUCUCUUUGCAUUAGACCAAGAUUUACGAGGUUAUUUGUCAUGGCGACAAGCUGAUGUUCAUGAAAACAAUUUAUACAAUACGUGUUUCUGGAAUCUAGUGCAGAAAAAAAAUAUGACCCCCGCGCAGGCACAAGAAGCUCUGGAAGGAACAUCCAGCAGUGACAAGAAUGAAUUGCUCUUUCAUAGCUUCAAUAUAAAUUAUAAUAACGAGCCCGAAAUAUUCCGCAAAGGUUCCACGUUAAUUAAAAAAUUAUUACCUGAUGAUACUGGUAAAUGGAAACCAACGGUAAUAACUUUAACUGCCGACCUAAUAGGAGAUAAAUUUUGGGAAGAGAAUCCCCAAAUCUUAGAACCUAAAGCUCAUAAAAAAAAACCAAAGGUGCUAAAAAAAAUCUAGUUUAAAGUAAACAUUCCGUAAAUUAAAAUAUAUUUUUGAUAAUUAAAUUUGUUCAGUAAUUAAUUA